CCAAAUAAUCCUGUGCCUCGUCCUCUCGACUCCCGCCGCGGAUGGCUUCAGCUUCCCCCAGCAGUACACGAUGCAGUAUUGGGCCAGAAGGCUGGAGCAAGAGAUUGAUGGAGUGAUGAGGAUAUUUGGGGGAGUUCAACAGCUGAAAGGGAUCUACAAUGACAAAAAGAACCAGUUUGAAGUAAAAGAGAAUGUCCCAAAGAAAAUAGUGGAAAAAGUGGCAGGUGACAUUGAGAGCCUGUUGGCCAAGAAGGUCCGGGCAUUAAAGAGAGUGGCUGAUGCAGCAGAAAAGUUUCAGAAAGCCCAUCAUUGGCAAGACAAUAUUGGGGAGAAUGAUAUUGAAUACUAUGACUCCAAGGCUGAAACAAAAUAUGAUGGUCCAGAGGGAGAAGAAAUUGAAGGUGAAGCAUCCAACUCCUUGAAGCUGGACUUCAUAGAAGAUACACAUUUUAAAACGAAGGUUAACUACUCUUAUGCUGCUGUGCAGAUACCUACAGACAUCUACAAAGGCUCUACUGUAAUCCUUAAUGAGCUAAACUGGACAGAAGCCCUGGAGGAUGUAUUUGUAGAAAACCGAAAAGAAGACCCAUCUCUGCUGUGGCAGGUCUUUGGCAGUGCCACAGGUGUGACUCGCUUCUAUCCAGCUACCCCCUGGAGGGUACCUGAUAAGAUUGACCUAUAUGAUGUCCGACGAAGGCCUUGGUACAUUCAAGGGGCUUCAUCUCCGAAGGACAUGGUGAUCAUUGUGGAUGUGAGUGGCAGUGUUAGUGGUCUAACGCUGAAGCUAAUGAAGACAUCCGUGUACGACAUGCUGGACACACUCUCCGAUGACGACUAUGUUAAUGUGGCUUCAUUUAACCAAAAUGCACAACCUGUAUCAUGCUUCAAGCACUUAGUCCAAGCAAAUAUCCGCAACAAAAAGGUCUUCAAAGAAGAUGUGGAGAUAAUGGUGGCCCAAGGAACUACGGAUUACAAAGCAGGCUUUGAGUAUGCCUUUGAGCAGCUGCAGAACUCCAACAUCACAAGAGCCAACUGCAAUAAGAUGAUCAUGAUGUUCACUGAUGGAGGAGAAGACCGAGUGCAGGAUGUGUUUGAGAAGUAUAACUGGCCCAACAAAACGGUACGAGUGUUCACCUUUUCCGUUGGACAACAUAAUUACGAUGUCACUCCCCUCCAGUGGAUGGCUUGCGCUAACAAAGGUUAUUACUUUGAAAUUCCAUCUAUUGGGGCCAUCCGAAUUAACACACAGGAAUACCUGGAUGUUCUAGGAAGACCCAUGGUCCUGGCAGGGAACAGGGCAAAACAGGUUCAGUGGACCAAUGUUUAUCAAGAUGCUUUGGGUCUGGGCUUGGUGGUGACAGGCACUCUGCCAGUGUUCAACCUCACUGAAGGCGGUGGUGACAGGAAGAACCAGCUCAUCCUAGGUGUUGUGGGGAUUGAUGUGGCUCUGGAUGAUAUCAAGAAGUUGACACCACAGUAUAAUUUAGGGGCUAAUGGCUAUGUAUUCGCUAUUGACUUGAAUGGAUACGUGUUGCUACACCCAAAUCUGCGACCCAAGAUCAUCAAUUUCCAGGAACCUGUGACCUUGGACUUCCUUGAUGCUGAACUAGAAGAUGAGAACAAAGAAGAGAUUCGAAGAAGCAUGAUAGAUGGACACGAAGGGCAGAGAUACAUCAAGACUCUGGUCAAGUCCCAGGAUGAGAGAUACAUAGAUGAAGUGUACAGGACCUAUACCUGGGCCCCUAUCAAAAGCACAAACUACAGCCUAGGUUUGGUCUUGCCACCCUACAGAACAUACUACAUUCAAGCUAAUCUCAGUGACCAGAUUCUCCAGGUGAAGUUACCAAUCAGCAAAGUGAAGGAUUUUGAAUACCUGCUGCCAAACAGCUUUGAGUCCGAGGGACAUGUAUUCAUUGCUCCAAGAGAAUAUUGCAAAGCCCUCAACCUGUCGGAUAACAACACUGAAUUCCUGGAAAACUUUAUCGCCCUCAUGGAAAAGGUGACACCCGACUCUGAGCAAUGUAACAACUUCCUCCUUCACAACCUUAUCCUGGACACAGGAAUAACACAACAGCUGGUAGAGAGAGUAUGGAAGAAUCAAGACCUAAACACGUACAGCCUCCUUGCUGUGUUUGUUGCCACUGAUGGUGGCAUCACCCGCAUUUUCCCUAACAAAGCUGCAGAAGAUUGGGAAGAGGAUCGAGAGCCCUUCAAUGCCAGCUUCUAUCGGAGGAGCUUAGAUAACAAAGGCUACAUCUUUAAGCCCCCUUACCGGGAUCCUAGCUACAAAGAGUCAGAGCUGGAAAACAACACAGUUGGAAUACUUGUUAGCACUGCUGUUGAGCUCAGCUUUGGCAGGAGGUCCCUGAAGCCAGCAGUGGUUGGAGUGAAACUUGACCUGGAGGCCUGGGCAGAAAAAUUUAAGGUCCUUGCAAGUAACCGAACAGAAAGAGAUCAGCUGGGAACACGAAGGUGUGAUCCCUCCACAAGCUGUGAGAUGGACUGUGAAGCUAAUUACAAGGAUCUCCUCUGUGUACUCAUAGAUGAUGGGGGUUUUCUGGUGCUGUCCAACCAGGAAGAUGAUGCAUCCCAGGUAGGAAAGUUCUUCAGCGAGGUGGAUGCUCACCUGAUGUCUGCUCUCUACAACAAUUCUUUCUUCACACGGAAAGAAUCAUAUGACUUUCAAUCUGUCUGUGCUCCAGAAGCUCCAAGUAACACAGGAGGUGGCCCACGUGGGGUAUAUGUGCCAACCAUGGCAGAUUUCCUGAACCUGGCCUGGUGGACCUCAGCAGCUGCAUGGUCUCUAUUUCAGCAGUUCUUGUGUGGGCUAACCUACAACAGCUGGUUUCAAACAGAGGACGUUGCAGCAGACAGCAUGGAGACCAAGGAGACCAGCUGCAUCAUGAAACAGACCCAGUACUAUUUUAGUACAGUUAACUACACUUACAACACCAUCAUUGACUGUGGAAAUUGUUCCAGGCUAUUCCAUGCACAAAGGCUUGCCAACACCAACCUUCUGUUUGUUGUAGCAGAAAAGCCAAUAUGCAGUCAGUGUGAAUCCACCAAACUUCUCCAAGCAGAAGUAAAGGCUCCAUCACGAGAACCCAAUCAAUGUGAGCUGGUAGAAAAGCCACGAUAUCGAAAAGGUCCCCACAUCUGUUUUGACUACAAUGUAACGGAAGAUACCUCAGACUGUGGCAGAGGAGCAUCAUUUAGACCCUCCUGGAGAAUCUUGAUAUCUCUGCAGCUGCUCCUCCUCUAUUUGACUGCCUGUCACAAUCCACUGCCCUUGGCAUCUUGCCUUUGAAACAUCCAUUUAGUCCAGCCCAUCCAUAUUUGUUUUCUGCACCAUCUCCAUCCCCUCCAGACUUGCCAGAGGAGGGCAGCUGCCUAGUCCCAUCAGCUCUGGUUACACCUUGGCACUCACUCAUGAGGAACGCUCUUUCUUUAUUCAGAAGUUCAGAAGCUAUUUUCAUUGUUUGUUUCUCGUUUUCUCCCAUUCUCUCCUUGCCCUUCCAGUGUCUCUGCACAGCAGGUUGUGCAAACACAGAGCUCUGAGCAAGACUUGGGGAAGCACGGACCACCGUGACCUUCUCCACACAGUGAACAUCCUUGAGCUUUGAUUCAUUGUUCUUCUUUCCACCUAUUGAGCUGUUGGCCAAAUAAGAAGAACAGUGGCCUCAUACUUUCCCCCCCAUUGAAUCUGUGGAAUUCUGGGAGACUCUUAUCAGUUUCAU